GGACUCUGUUUUUGUUGCGGAAGGAGCCGCUCUGGUGGAGGCGCUCGUACCUCUCUCUCUAUGUUGGUGAAUGGAGGCGAGUCUUCCUGAGAGUAAACACUCACGCACAGACUAGCUGAUUACAGCGGUUCCCUCACCGUUUAACACUAAAAAAUCACCCCCAAACAUGCCUGCUGAUAUUAAACAAAUGUAUGAAUUGGAAUCUGAAUUGUACUUCCUAAUAGCCAGAUUUUUGGCAUCCGGACCCUGUCAGGAGGCGACCGAGGUCCUGAUACGCGAAGUGGAGGCGAAGCAGCUGCUGCCGAGAAGAAUAGACUGGAGGGGCAAGGAACAUCCCAGGACCUACGAAAAUUUGGUGAAAACACACAGGCACAUAGCUCCGGACCACCUCCUUCAGAUAUGUCAACGACUUGGACCUCUCCUGGAGAAGGAAACCCCACAGAGUGUCCCAGGUGUCCAUUCGUUGCUGGGCGCUGGAAGGCAGUCUCUGCUACGAACAAGCAAAAGUUGCAAACAUGUGGUAUGGAAAGGAUCGGCACUUGCAGCCUUACACCGUGGAAGACCACCAGAGCCUCCAACCAAUUACGGCAGCCCACCAAAUAUCGUGGAUACCGUCCGGGCGAGACAGCUUACUGGAAGCUUUCGACUGGGUCAGCUUGUUCCAACGGCUGUAUAUCUACAUAUGAAGAUGCACAAGCGGAUCCUGGGGCAUCUGUCAUCUGUCUACUGCAUUACCUUUGACCGAACGGGGAGGAGAAUAUUUACCGGAUCUGAUGAUUGUCUGGUGAAGAUCUGGACCACGGACGAUGGCAGGCUUCUGGCAACCUUGCGUGGGCAUUCUGCUGAAAUCUCGGACAUGGCAGUGAACUAUGAAAACACCAUGAUUGCUGCGGGCAGCUGUGAUAAAAUCAUCCGAGUCUGGUGCCUGCGUACAUGCGCACCUUUAGCGGUUCUACAGGGCCACACUGCAUCCAUCACAUCCUUGCAGUUUUCGCCACUGUGCACUGGCUCUUUGAGGUACCUGUCUUCCACAGGGGCGGAUGGCACAAUUUGUUUCUGGCAGUGGGAUGCUGGCAUGUACAAAUUUAGUCAUCGACCAAUUAAGUUCACUGAGCGCCCAAGGCCUGGAGUCCAAAUGAUUUGCUCUUCAUUCAGUGCUGGUGGAAUGUUUUUGGCAACUGGGAGCACAGAUCACAUUAUUCGAGUUUACUAUUUUGGGUCAGGGCAACCUGAGAAAAUUUCAGAGUUGGAAUUUCAUACUGACAAAGUUGACAGUAUUCAGUUCUCCAACACAAGUGACAGGUUUGUCAGUGGAAGCCGUGACGGGACAGCGCGGAUCUGGCAGUUCUGUCGGCAAGAGUGGAGGAGCAUUUUAUUGGACAUGGCCGUCAAACCUGCUGGGUAUAAUCCACAAGGAUUGGAAGACAAAGUGAACAAGCUGAAAGUAACUAUGGUGGCAUGGGAUAGGCAUGAUAGCACUGUUAUUACAGCUGUCAAUAACCUAACAUUGAAGGUUUGGAAUUCCUGCACUGGUCAACUCAUACAUCAUUUAAUGGGGCAUGAAGAUGAAGUGUUUGUACUAGAACCACACCCCUUUGAUCCCAGAGUUCUCUUCUCUGCGGGACAUGAUGGCAAUGUGAUAGUUUGGGACCUUGUAAGAGGAGUGAAAAUUCGAUCCUAUUUCAAUAUGAUUGAAGGCCAGGGACAUGGAGCUGUAUUUGACUGCAAAUGCUCCCCUGAUGGGCAGCAUUUUGCAUGUACGGAUUCCCAUGGGCACAUUCUUAUUUUUGGUUUUGGCUCCAGUAGUAAAUAUGACAAGAUUUCCGAUCAGAUGUUUUUCCACACGGAUUAUCGGCCUUUAAUUCGUGAUGCCAACAACUAUGUCCUGGACGAGCAGACACAACAAGCGCCACACCUGAUGCCACCCCCAUUUCUGGUGGACGUUGAUGGUAACCCUCAUCCACCAAAAUACCAGAGGCUGGUACCUGGCCGGGAGAGCUGCAUAGAUAAUCAACUCAUUCCACAAAUGGGUGUCACUGCCACAGGAUUGAACCAAGUGCUGAGUCAACAAGCAAACCAUGAAGUCAGCCCGUUGGACAACAUGAUUCACCGACUUCAGCAGGAACAUGAUCACAGACAGCCUACAGGUACCAACAGCACCUUGAACAGAGGGAGAUUAGGCUCGCAAAGUUCCGCCUCUGAGAUGCACUCGCCUCCCAACAUUGGCUUGAGACGCAGUGGACAAAUCGAAGGCGUGCGACAGAUGCACAGUAAUGCACCGAGAAGUGAAAUCGCCACCGAGCGGGACCUUGUAGCUUGGAGUCGGAGGGUGGUGGUGCCGGAGUUAACCCAGGGAGUAGCUAGUAAGCAGGAAGAAUGUAGAACAGCCAAAGGAGAAGAAGAGGUAAACAUUUAUAAAUAUGAGAAGAGAAAGAAAUCAACAAAUCAAGUUCAACGAGAAAACAAGACCGAAACCUAUGAACGUUUGCAUGAAAACGGGGAGGUGAGAAAACAAAGCCGUCAGAAUGUACACAAUUACCGCACAAGAUCUGCAAUAGAAGAUGGCAGCAGAAGUUCACAACAGAAUGUAGAUAACAACAGCUCUUCAGAGGAGCUUGAAGUCCGUGGUGUCAAUGGUGUGACCUCAGAGGAAGACGGGGAUGCCUGGCACAAUGAGAGCAGCAGUUCAAGUGAUUAUUCAAGUGACUAUUCUGACUGGACAGCGGACGUUGGCAUUAACCUCCAGCCCCCAAAGAAAUCUUCCCGGCAGCAAGCCAAAAAAACCGCAAGCAGUUCAGAAGAUGAGGGAGAUAAGGAGAAAGGGAAAGAAAAAGAGAUCAAGAAGGAGAGGAAAAAACACAAGGAAGACAAAGAAGGUUCAGCAACUCAAAAGAUAAGAAAACCAAGGGAGAAAAGAAUGAAGAGACCACCAGCAAGGGUCAUACCAGGGCAGGGAGAGACUCUGGAAGAAUGGCUACCAUCAGCGUGGAUUACAGACACUAUGCCCAGACGAUGUCCCUUUGUACCGCAAAUGGGAGAUGAGGUUUACUAUUUUCGACAGGGUCACGAAGCCUACGUUGAAAUGGCUAAGAAGCUAAAGCUAUCGGGCAUAAAUACUAAAAAGCAGGCAUGGCACAAGAUGGAUUUAAGGGAGCAAGAGCUAGUGAAAAUUGUUGGGAUCAAAUAUGAAGUGGGACCUCCAUCUCUGUGCUGCAUCAAACUGGCAUUCCUCGAUCCAGACACUGGCAAACUGACAGGAGGGUCAUUUUCUAUGAAGUAUCAUGAUAUGCCAGAUGUUAUCGAUUUUCUUGUACUCAGACAGCAAUUUGAUGACACAAAGACUCGACGAUGGAAAAUUGGUGAUCGGUUUCGGUCGGUGAUCGAUGAUGCUUGGUGGUUCGGGACAAUUGAAAGCCAAGAGCCUUUACAGCCUGAGUAUCCUGACAGUCUCUUUCAGUGUUACAACGUAUGCUGGGAUAAUGGUGACACUGAGAAGAUGAGUCCUUGGGAUAUGGAAGUGAUACCACCUCAUGCUGUUUUUCCCACUGAGCCGGGCUCAAGUGUUCCGUUGACGGCUGCUGAGCACAAGGUCCAGCUGUACAAACCUCAGGAAGGAGAAUGGGGCAGCAAAAAGAGAAAUGAAGAAUGUGAAAGAAUUAAGUCUGGGAUCAGUCAACUUAUAACUCUGGAUAUUGCUGCUCCAUUUGUGGCCCCUGUGGACCUCCAGGCUUAUCCCUUGUAUUGUACAGUGGUGGCAUAUCCCACAGACCUCAACACGAUUAAAGAGAGGUUAGAGCACAGGUUUUACAGACGUGUGUCAUCCCUGAUAUGGGAGGUACGAUACAUUGAACAUAAUGCAGGUACCUUCAAUGAACCUGGAAGUCCUAUCGUUAAAUCUGCCAAAUUUGUCAUCAAUGUCCUCCUGCAUUUUAUAAAAGACCAGAGCUGUACUGAUAUCGUUCCAUUUUAUAAUAACCUGAAGAAGAAAAUGAUGUCAGAUGAUGAGGACGAGGAUGAUGAGGCAGAGAAUUCUGAUGUCCCAGGAACGUCUACCAGGAAUACAAAGGAGUACCGUCCGAGGAGGACCCAGCGCAGUUGUGUUCAGUCGCAUGAUAUAAAUGCAUGGAAGGAGCGAGGUAGAGAGCUGCUGGAGCUAAUCUUUCAAUGUGAAGACUCGGAGCCUUUCCGCCGGCCUGUAGAUUUAUUUCAGUAUCCGGAUUAUAGAGAGAUCGUUGACACACCGAUGGAUUUUGGCACAGUAAAGGAGACACUGGAGGCUGGAAACUACGAGACACCAAUGGAAUUGUGCAAAGAUGUCCGCCUUGUUUUUAGCAACUCCAAGGCUUACACUCCCAGCAAAAAGUCAAGAAUUUACAGUAUGAGUUUACGGCUAUCGGCUUUGUUUGAAGACCACAUCAGCUCGGUCAUUUCUGAUUAUAAGGCAGCGGUUCGAUUUUGUUCAAGAAAGAAGCCGUGCAAACAAAGGCAGAAGCGAAGAAGAAGUAGCUCUAAUUCAAGCAGUGUUGCAUCGAGCCCUGAAAGGAAACGAAAACUUUUGAAACCUCAACCUAAGGCAGAGCUCCUGGCAUCACCUUUGUCAAUGCCUGUCAGAUCAACGAGUGUGAAAUCUGCUGUUGUUCAUGCCAACGGUAAAACGGGUGAAUCUGCUACGAUCGUCCGUACCCGAAGCACACGGCUACGACAGGGGGUGUCUCCUGGGAUUGAAACACCUCCUUUAAUUGGGACAGUGGCAGCAGUUCCAAAGUCUAUCGUGGCUGCCUCAACAGCAAGUGCAACAGACAAUAAUUCUAAGCCAUCGAAAGCCCAGAACAAUAUACUUAAUCCUAAACUAUCUGAAUCAAAACCCAAUACUAAGACUUCGUUGACAGGCGAAAAGCCUCAGAAAAGGAGGUUCGCACGUAAAAAUAAAGCACCAACCUUCAAACAACCUAAAGGUGCAGAUAUCGUCAAAGCUGAAUCCUCUGUGCAGAAAAGUCCACAAGUAAAUGGACAUGCUUCAUGCAUCUCUGAAUCUGUGGUCAAAAGGGGUCUUGGUAGGAAACCAGAAGAGGUAAAAAGUUUUAAAGGACCUGGUAAGAAAAGAGGUAGGAAAAGCAAGCAAGAGCUACUUAAUAUUCUAAGAGAGAAUGAAUUGAAGAAAGCAGAAGAAAAGAAAGACUUGCCCAAUUUGAAUGGUGAAGUAGCUACCUCAGAAAGCAGCUCAACUUUUGAGAGCAAAACACAAAGAGAAUCUUUGCCGAAGAAGCCAACAAGAGGCAGGAAACCCAAAGGAACGAGUCUACAAGCUAAAUCCAAAUUGACACUUGUUGCUAAACGUAAGAUGCAGACAAGGAGCAAUAGUAGAAAACAUGAAGAGGUCACGGAACCCACUGAGCUUAUAGAACCCGUGGAAGAGGACGAAAGGACUGAGGAGGCCAUGAGUUCUGUAUCUGUCAUGAAAACAAGGAAUCAAGGUAGACGGACAACAUGCUACAAUGAGGAGGAUUCGGAAGAGGAGCAAAGGCAGCUGCUGUUUGAAGAUACCACUUUAACUUUUGGAACUUCGAGUAGAGGCAGGCUGCGAAAACUGACUGAAAAAGCAAAGGCCAACCUGAUCGGUUGGUAAACACCUGUAGUGGUUUGUCUACUCGGUAACGCUUCUUGUUUAGACAAGAACAGGUAAGGGUUUGUUGCACUUGAGGUCACUGCAUUGUCACCUGCAGAUUGGUUUAAUAAGAAGGCAAAAUGAGCAAGGACUGAUUCCAAAAAAAUAUAUACUCUCUAAAGUUGGAAAUCUUUUUUGUAUUCUCUGAUUACUGCCUGACACACUUUUUUAAACGCACAAAUGUUUUCCACCAUUAAUUAAUUUUAGAAGAUUGACUUUCUGCUAAACACCUUGUCUACUUCCAUCCUGCAUCUCCUGAAGAACUCUAGAUUUGGCAUUGUUUGGUGGCUAGAGGGAUGCGACUAGUUGGUAUUUGCACUUGUCAAACGUGAAUCAUUACAGAUUUGCCAAUAGGUUGAGCCUAAAUUCGGCAAGUAUAGUCGCUAAAAACUGCCUUUAAACCGUCUGAUUUUCAUUUUUUUUACAUAUAGAGAUAUUUUAGAAAUAUCAUUCUAUUUUUAAUCAAUUAUUUACAACCACCAUACAUUAAUGGAAGCCAUCUAAAACAAUAAGAACAAAUAAAUUUGAAAUUAUUUCAUAUAAACACAUGCAGACACGUAUAUUGAUGAAAUGUUUGCCGUUCGCAAUAUCUUCCAUGGUCAGCUAAUUUCAGAAAUGUUGUUGGUCAGUAUUUUUUCAAAAGUAAUUUUUAGUUACUCAAAUUUCUUGGAUUGAAAUGCAUUCAUGUGUAUUGUGUUAUUUGUCUUCUAAUCAAGAUUUAAAACAUCCGAAUUGUACUGCCUUGCAAUUUUUUAAGGAAACAGUUGCAACUGUGCCGUUUAUCAUUGGAUUAUUUGAUACAUGUUCCCCUUCAACGAACAGUUUGAGUUGUACAGAGUUAAUGCUGAGUUGGCAAGAAUGUUAAAAGCUGACGAGCUUGCUUUGAGACCUUAAAAUAUAUGCCGUCAAAGCCUGUUAGAAUGUUCAUUUCACUUGUUUUACAUUUCCAGUUUCUGAUCAUUUCUUUCAAUCGGAAAAUGUUUGCAAGUUUUUGCACUACUCCUACGUGUGAUUAUAUGCUUAUUAUUACUAUGCAGGUAUAAUUAUGUAUUUGUCAUCAGAAAUACAUUGCAAUGGUUGUUUUGUAACAUAUUUCAGCUUUAGUGCUUCCUCUACCCACUCUCCACCCAAUCAUGCAGUUAACAAACAAGUCCUUGCUCAUAUGUCAGAGUGUACUGCAGAGAACACACAGUUGACUUCAAGUGUGCAUGGGCGCCUGCAAUUCAGUUAGAAGAAAUUGCACGGGUGGCCCUUUAUGUUCCCACAAUUGUGAAGCAAUUGUAAGCUGCUUCUCCCAUUUAUUGAAUGUAGAGGCAAACAAAAAAGACUGCAUUGCACUGGACUGAGUAGUUGUUUCUUGCUUACCUUACACAAUCAGGAAGAAAAUAUGAGGCAAACUAGAAAAGGGGAUUGAUUUUAGUUACAUUUUCACAGGCGCUCGUAUGCGUACACACAAAUAUUGUAUAUUGUAAGUAGAAAAGAAAUAUUUUAAGAUAUAGUACAGGAACGGGGUUGAGAUGUGCCAUCUAUUCAAGUGGCUUUUAGCACACACGCAAACACUUUCCAUCUUUUUAAAGGGUCUACGAGAACCAUGCCUAACUCCUUUAUUGGUUGCAAAAGGUUCUGAGAUUUUAUAACUACCAAGCAUGUGAAUCACACAGAGAUUUCCAGACUUGUUCAAUUUGUGAGGAUUUCUCCUACCCCUUCAAUAAAUAGUACAGGAUUUAAUGGGAACUUACUUGGCACUGGUACGCAGUUAACAAAAUGUCACAAUGCAAAAGUCCCAUUGUAUAUGAAUAUUGGCUCAAUUAUGCUUAUUGGGCUUGUUUGGGGGAGAAAACAUGGUUUAAAAUCCAUUCCAUGCAGUAAUAUGUUCUGGAGCUUGCACCCUAUUUUCUGAUUUUAAAGAAAAGUUGGCUUUUUUUUGUAAUCUGCAAUUAAAUGGUCAAAUUACUUUUUA